AUGACCUGUGACUGGCUCACUGCUGACACUCUUGACACGGCUGCCUGCAUACAAUUCAACCGGGCAAUGAGUCUGGCAUCUCAUCCGGCCAAAGCUGCUGGCCCCGGCCAGCAAUCAAUGCCCCUCAUCCCUGACGACCUAAAAUCUGCGCCGCACCGUAACCUCCAGUCUGCGACAGAUUUGCGAGGGACUAGAACCGCCCAAUCCACCCCAAUGCAUAGUCGUGAAUCGUCAGCGGUCCGCGGUAGAGCGACCGACCCUUCCGCGCUAGCUCCGACCUUACAAGCUCGCCGCGGCCACUCCGGUUCCAAGAGCCCAGAUGUGUCAGCCGGCUGGCCUGCAGGACAUGACGCAGGAUUGGAAAGACGACCAUCGAACUCGUACGGCCACCACCGGCAGACCUCCAUCGUCCACGGCAUGCAACAUUCAAGAAACCCGAGCAUGGCGGGUUCGACCGCCUCCAGUCCGCUGAGCCCGGAGCUCAUCGCAUCUCUCGGUCGUGGUGCCCCCGAAGACACCACUCUCUUGUCUUCGAACAUGGACCAACUGGAUACUCAUACCAAUCAUCAGAACCCCGGUGCAGUGUCGCCGAGCUAUGGUCUACCGGGGACAUUAAGCACGAUUCAGGACACAGAUGCGGAUGAAAGGAUGGAUGGGAGUCCAGCAAGUCUGGUACAUAAACGAAUGAAUUCGGGAGGGAAAUCAAGACGGGAAAGGUCCCAUAGUCGUUCACAUUCGAAGCAUCAGUCGGACUCCAAGACGGUGGGCGAAUAUGCGCUGCACCACUUAUUUAACUCGUUUGUUGGCCAAGCCGACAGUAAAAUUAACCAGGCCAUCUUAAAGCCUGGGGACUCGGAAGCCCCUGUCGAGGAGGUGUGCGGACCUGGGGCAGAUCCAAAUUUCGAUCAGUUGAUCUCAGCGCUGGGACAUAUCGCAAGGCAAAAACCAAAGCCUCUGAUUGAUACAAUCAUGUUAUGGCGCAAAGGGAAAGGAGAUGCGGCUAUUACUGCAAGGCAAAUGACGAAUGACCUGCCGAAACCUAUAAUCACGGAGAAUGGGGUACUCAUGCGCCGUAACACGGAGCCCCCCCAACCCCAAGCUGAUCCAACUGCUCCAUCAGAAAGGCAACAGCCGUCCACGCCUUUCCUUGGUCGUCAUGACGACGUUGCGCUGGUCGAACGUCGCGCCACUGUCUCUGUAUAUCUGGUGUGCAGAGUCUUAAUUGAGAUCUUCAAUCAGAGUACUUUGGCGUCAAUCACUGUUGAUAUGGCAGAUCGUCUGGAAGAUAUUGUGUUUGGUCAACUCAAAACGGUUGACCCUGACCAGAUCUCUGCAUCUCCGCUGCGAAUGGCAAAUUGGCGGAUAUAUGGCCAAUUGCUGGGGAUCAUGAGCGAAGUGAACUUCUCUACUGUUGCGAACCGCUUCCUGGCGGAGCUGGAUCGGUAUCAAAAAGAAGAAGCAACUCGUGGUCCGUCGCGCGAAGGUGAUGCAAAAUCCGAGUUGCUCAUCCUGGGCAUGAGAUAUUUACGCCUGCCAAUGUCCACGGAAGGUUGGAGCAAAGCCUGUGAUUUCAUGCGGUCCCUAGCACGAUUGUUUGUGAACGCACAUGGCCAGAAGAUCAAGCAAGCCUAUUGUUAUGUGAUCGAGAAACUUCUGCUGCCUGUGGCGGCUACUCCAGUCUGUGACCUCUCGCUGCCUCGGUGGAAGGAGUUUCUGGACUUGGUCCAACCUCGCUUGACGCAGUUGCUUACCAAGCCUCGCCAUUGGAGUGCUGCAUUCUCCUUGAAUGUGCUACUGCUUUGCAUAUCCAACAAGGAAACAUUUUCUUCGCAGUGGCUUUCCAUGAUUUCCAGCUUGCCCCCUCGACUCAAAGAUCGUCCCACGCGUGCUCCGGCUCUACAGGCUAUAUGUCGCCUGGUUUGGACCUACUUCUUCCGCUACUCUGACUCCCCUACCACUACUCUCCGUAAAGUCGAAGAGGUUGUAAAAAUUGCCCUACCUACAGGCAAGAGAACCUAUCUCAGCGCUGAGCCGGCCAUUGCUGAUCCGCUCAUCCAACUCAUCCGAAUGAUUGGUUUCAAACACCCUGAUGUGUGUUUCCGUACAAUCAUAUUCCCUUUGAUCAACUCCGACUUGUUCUUGUCAGGUAGAGACCUGAAGAUCGAACAGAUGGAGCCUGAAAAAAUGGUCAUUGGAAUCCGGGCCUUCCUUGCGACCAUGUCCGAUCUGGAGACAAGCGACCAGCUCUGCCCUCCGUUCCCGACAGGCUCUCUCCCCAAUCCCUUCGUUGAUACAUCAAGUCCAACCUAUUUCCAUCGUCCACAGUUACUUGCUGAACCCAAGUUCGGUGUAUCUUCCGAGAAGUUGGACCCGUCAUCCUCCUGCCCGGUCAAUAUAUUGAGACUGAGUGAUAAUGUCAAGGAAUACUACCUCCGCUUCUGCGAAGUUCUUGGCAAGAUCACGAUUCUUUGUGACAACACAUUCGGUGGCCAGGCGGCUUUGGAUGAGAAGUUCGGUGGAACGACUCCGAAAACCCCAAUUACUGAGGCAUUUGGCUUUGGGCGACGUGAUGACCAUGUAAAUACCUUGGAUCAGAAACAAGGAUUUUAUGAUCUGUUACAUGUGGCCGUGCAAGCUUUGCCUCGUUGCCUCUCAGAUCAUAUUCCGUUCAACUCAUUGAUCAAUCUCCUUUGCACUGGAACUGCUCACGUCCAGUCAAGUAUUGCCACAUCAUCGGCAGAUUCCUUGAAGGCGAUCGCCCGACAAUCGCAUGCUCAGCAAGUCACUAUCGGCUUCGCGAGGUUUAUAUUUAGUUUUGAUGCCCGGUAUUCCACCAUGUCUGAUGAAGGAAUGUUGGGACCCGGUCACAUCGAAUCUACAUUAAGGCUUUAUGUCGAGCUGCUAGGAAUUUGGAUUGAUGAAAUCAAGCAAAAGACGAAGGAAGCGUCCUCCGACCAACUUGAAAAAUCUAUUUCGGGCAGUCGAGCCCUGCACCUCGAUUUGUCAAGUGUCCUUGCGCACGUGGAAGAGAUUGAGUCUCAUGGUCUCUUCUUCCUCUGCUCACAAUCAAGACGAGUCCGAGCAUUUGCUAUCAAUGUUCUUCGUCUCAUUACCGAGUUCGACAGCGCUCUCGGUAAAGAGAACACACGAAUCAUCAGAAUCCUAGAAGCUGACUCUCAGCAAAUCCUGGACGUCAAUGAUGAGCAGCUCACCGUUGCCGAGAGGAGCCGGAUCCAAAAAGGCAAAAGGAUAAGCGCCUCGCAAAAUACUCUCAUUGAGUUGUGUAGCAGCGAGGUCUCGUAUGACUCCACGCUGUGGGCUAAAGUUUUCCCGAAUAUUAUUCGGGUUAGCUUCGAAACCUGUCCUUUUGCUGUGACCCUCGGAAGAGAGAUUGUUUGUGCACGCCUGGUUCAGAUGCACAAGCUCAUCUCAUCACUUGCAGAAAGCACGAGAGUCCCGCAAUACCCUCCAAUAGAUGGCUACCAGAGUCGCCCCAUGGGACGAAGCAAUAUGACUGCUGAGAUUCUGGUUGAACAAUGGAAACUGUAUCUUGUCAUGGCCUGCACAACGGUCACUAGUGUUGGUGCCCAAUCGCAAAGUCAAUUGGCGAAUGCUCAACUGCAUGCUCGCAAGACCUCCAAGGGAGCACAGUCGCAGUCACAAGAUAAGAUUAGCUCUGCACGAAGCCUCUUCGCUUUUGUCAUCCCACUCCUUUCCGCCGAGCGGGACUCAAUUCGAGCUGCUAUAGUGAUUGCUCUUGGGUCUAUCGCCAAGAAUCUCUAUCGAACUCUGCUAGAGUCUCUCCAGUAUGCCGUCACAACAUGCAACGAAGAGGCUAAAAUCCGGAUUGGUACCCACCACCGCACCCCUAGCAGCCCUCGUCGAAACCGAAAGACGGACCGUCUCCGUACCGAAGUCACCCACGUCUACAAACUCACAUCCCACUUCCUUCGCGAGCCCGAUGUUUGCAAUGACGACUGGAUCGUCAAUAACCUGGUCACGUAUGCGAAGGAUAUCCGUAUUUUCCUGAGUGAUGCCGAGGUUCAGAAUGAUUGGGAGUACCAACGUUUACGGUUCCAUUACUGUGGCUUGAUGGAAGAAGUCUUUGAAGGUGUAAACCGAACCAAAGACCCGUCUCGCUGGAUGCCCUUCGAAUCCAGAAAAUCCGCUUUCUCAUUGAUGGAAGACUGGUGUGGCUACUCUCCCAACCAGGCUCAGAUUACCGAACGAGAAGAAAACAUGCGCAAGUUUGCCAUGGCCCAACCGCAUGAAGGUGGUGAGAUGCGGAAUGCCGCUGCAGCUAUGGAGAUCGAGAAGAAGAAUCUCCGGGCAGCCGCCCUGAGUGCAAUGGCUUCACUCUGUGCUGGCCCGAUUAGUAUAACCACUGAAAGUGGAUCGGUGCUCCAAUUCGACGUCGGUCGUAUGCUCUCCUGGAUUGAUAUAAUUUUCAAUACUAUCAGUGACAAGUGGCAUUCAAUCGGCCGUCGCGCCUUGAAGAACCUGAUCAUCCACAAUAUGGAGCAUGCCUAUUUGAUUGAACGAUCUAUCGAGAUGUGCUACGUGGCUGAGCGGCCCAAGGCGCUUGAAAGCUAUUUCGAGGUGGUAACUGAAGUCCUUAUCGAGCAUCCAGACUACCCACUUCGAUUCUGGAGAAUCCUGGGUGCGGUUCUCGUAACCCUCGGUAAUCAGAAGCGCGAGAUUCGGAUGAAGUCGGCCAAGCUACUUCGCCGACUUGAAGAGCGUCACCAGAAAAACUCACGGAUUCAAGACUUUGAUAUUAGCAUCUCGGAUAAAACUACAGCGGUGUACAAGCUCGCUCAAUUCGAAACUUCGAAACGACUAGCGAACCAACACUCGGACUUGGCCUUUACCCUGUUCUCCGAGUUUACCCAGCACUUCCGCAAUGUUCGCCCUGACAGCCAGCGCAAUAUGGUUGCUGCGAUCUUGCCUUGGGUUCAGACGAUGGAACUGCAGGUGGAUCCUAAUGGUGGCCCAACAGCCAGAUCCUACAUGCUUCUCGCAAAUCUGUUUGAGAUUACCAUCCGCUGCGGCACUAUCUUGCCGAAUCAGGUCCAGGCAUUAUGGCAAGCGCUGGCAACUGGCCCUCACGGAGGCAAUGUUCAACUGGUUCUUGACUUCAUCAUUAGCCUCUGCUUGGAGCGAAAGGAACAAAACUUUGUGGAAUACGCGAAACAGAUCGUUGUAUUCCUGGCAGGUACCCCCGCUGGUUCAAAAGUCAUUGAGUUCUUCAUGCUGCAAGUUGUUCCGAAGAACAUGGUACAAGAGCGGAAAGAUCUCACGCCACCUCCUGAUCUCACGAGUUUGCCUUAUGUUGCUGAUCUUGCAUCAGUACUUCCCGUGGGUAACAAACAAGCUGGUCUUUCUCUUGGACAGGUGGCCCUCAUCUUCCUCGUUGAUCUUAUGGUGGCGCCUGUCACGCUGGCGAUGGAGGACGUGAUCAAACUACUCCACGUUGUACUUAUCCUUUGGGAUCACUAUACCGUUACUGUGCAAGAGCAAGCUCGUGAGAUGCUGGUUCAUUUAAUCCAUGAGCUCAUCGCUGCCAAGCUAGAGGACGAUGCGCCUGCAGGCGCUCGACAGUCAAUCGAAGACUUUGUCGAAGCGAUUCGGAAGAGUGACCCAGUUGUCGUCUGGGAGUACGAGGAGAACAAUGGCAAAGAGGAAGAAGUUGAUGAUCGUCGAGUACCGCCUGCAAUGGCUGCAGCAACUCGCGAUGUUAUCAAGUUCUUCAGCUAUGCUUACGAGGGUGUAGGUGAACUCUGGGCCAAAGAGGCGCUGAACUGGGCAACAUCUUGCCCAGUUCGUCAUUUGGCAUGUCGAUCAUUCCAAAUUUUCCGGUGCAUUUCAACCUCGCUUGAUUCACAAAUGCUUGCGGACAUGCUAGCCCGGCUUUCGAAUACUAUUGCAGAUGAGGAAACUGAUUACCAGACCUUCUCGAUGGAGAUUCUCACUACCCUGAAAAUCAUCAUCAGCUCCCUGGCACCGGCAGAUCUGCUGCAUUACCCUCAACUUUUCUGGACAACAUGUGCUUGUCUAAAUACUAUCCACGAGAGUGAAUUUAUCGAGACACUCGGUAUGCUAGAAAAGCUCCUGGACUCCGUCGAUCUCAGUGAUCCUGCCGUUGUGGCACAGCUUCUUGAGGGGCAGCCACCUAAAUGGGAGGGUGGAUUCGAUGGCCUUCAGAACCUAGUCUUCAAAGGACUCAAGUCUUCCAGGUCAUUCAAUCUCACGUUGGAUAUACUCCAUCGCCUGAGCGGGCUUACAAAUAACGCUCUCAUUGGAGAUGGCACUCGACAGCUGUUCACGAUCCUGGCCAAUCUGCCUCAUUUCCUCGAGUGCUUUGAUCAGGAGUUCGCUGAUCCAAAGCCUAUCAAUCAUGCUGGCUUGCUUGCUCGCGUGGCGGAGAAUGAAGGGUGUCCUCGACUCGCAGCAUCAUUGUUCGGUUUUGCCAACCAACAGUACAAGACGGAGGCUGUGUUCCUUGAUCAUAUAAUAACGGAGAUCAAGUCGUACUACUUCCCGCAGCUGGAUUUCCAAUGUCUCAUCUUCCUGAUGGGGCUUCUCACAAACACAACGGAUUGGUUCCGAGUUAAAACCAUGAAGAUUCUCUGUGUCAUGAUCCCCGAAGUCGAUAUGCGCCGUACUGAAGUCACUUGCCACGGCCCCGAUUUGAUCUCACCCUUAUUACGACUUCUGCAGACCAACCUGUGUCCACAGGCUCUUGAGGUCUUGGACAACAUCAUGACCGUUUCUGGUAACCCGAUGGAACGUCAUCACCUGCGGAUGAGUAUGGCGUCUGCGGCUUCUUCGCGUGCUAUACGCAAAGAAUACGAGCGGAUCCAGAGUCUCUAUGGAAUUCCCGAACCCACAGGCUGGUCAGUCCCGAUGCCUGCAACGCAGUCAACCAUUACUCGCCAUAAUGUUCAUGCUGUUUUCUACACAUGUGCUGAAGCAGAGGAUAUGAACCAACGGGAUACCUUGACACCCGAUGUGGAAUUCCGUGCCGAUGAAUAUAGUGAUUCGUUCUUCCCUAUGAGAGCUGAUACAAUGAAAUCCAUCGACACUCAGACGGAUGGUAAUAUUGGUGAUAUCGUCCAAAAACUGGACAGUCUGGAUGAUUUCUUCGAAGAAACGGAGAUUAACGUUCCGACCCUCAACGCAGUGGCCCCGCCCAUGCUACGAGGAUUCACUGGAAGCUACGUCGAUACCAACGCCCACCUAUAUGACCAGCAAACGGCACCUAUCCUGCGCAAGUCCCUCGCUCGAAAUGGCUCUACAUCGUCAUUCCACAACGGUCUUGCAGAAUCUCGCCCAAACAAUUUCCGCUUUGACGGCCCCGGUAUGCCUUCUCCAGUGAGCGUGGUCUCUCAGGGUUCUCUCGGCUCAGGUCUUCGGCCUGUUUCCCAUACACGGUCUGUCACCUCGCCUGCCAAUAACCUCUUUGUCCACACUGCACCGCAUGGUUCUCAAUAUACCCCGCCGGUGGGUUUCGGUGAAUCAGCAUUCUUCUCCGAUGAUGAGAUUGAAGAAGCACACUCAGAUAUAGACGACCGCCCGACUACUGCAAGGAGGCUCGCCCAUCCGCCAAUGCCGCCCAUGAUCCGCAGUGCAACCGAAGGGGCCGGUUCCCAUUCCAUCGAGUCCAUGAUCCGUAGCGGCAUGCGUCGACUGACUGGCGGCGCGGCCAACCGCGAAAAAGAACGCCAACGUGAUCUUCUCCGCACCCAACAUCGCGCCAUGGCUCAAACGGCAAACUCUCCCCGCGUCCCCAAAGUACCCGAGGAGUACCUUGGAGGACCAACUAGCCACCCAACUUCUCCAAGGUAG